UUGGGGUGCUUUACGGCAGUGUGGCGCUCCCGGUUUACGACAGUUUGCGGCAGUGUGGCGGCCACUCUCGGUGGCGUUUCCCGAAGUUUCUCGAAUCCGGUUCCAUCGGCGGCGGCGGAGCCGGAGAUUCGGCUUUUGGUAGAAGAUGGCCCGAUUCCUGACCCCUGUGAUCCAGGAUAAUCCGUUCGGAUGGGGACCGUGCGCAGUCCCAGAACAGUUCAAGGACAUGCCAUACCAGCCAUUCAGUAAGGGUGACCGGCUGGGAAAGGUUGCUGAUUGGACGGGAGCAACGUACCAGGAUAAGCGGUAUACCAAUAAGUACUCCUCCCAGUUUGGUGGGGGCAGUCAGUACGCCUACUUCCACGAGGAGGAUGAGAGCAGCUUCCAGUUGGUCGACACGGCCCGCACACAGAAGACUGCAUACCAGAGGAACCGUAUGCGCUUUGCUCAGCAGAGAAACAUGCGACGUGAGAAGGAUCGGCGCCAGCUGCUGCAGUUUAACAUGCAGACACUUCCGAAAAGCGCCAAGCAAAAGGAGAGGGACCGCCUGCGGCUGCAGAAGAAAUUUCAGAAGCAGUUUGGCGUACGACAGAAAUGGGACCAGAAAAACCAGCUGAAGCCAAGAGAUUCCUCUGUUGAAGUGCGCAGUGACUGGGAGGUGAAGGAAGAGAUGGAUUUCCCUCGGCUGAUGAAGAUGAGGUACAUGGAAGUGGCGGAACCCAGUGACAUAGAGUGCUGCGGUACACUGGAGUACUAUGACAAGGCCUUCGACCGAAUCACCACCCGCAACGAGAAACCACUGCGAAGCAUCAAGAGGAUUUUCCACACUGUCACCACCACCGACGAUCCUGUCAUCCGGAAGCUGGCCAAGUCUCAGGGCAAUGUAUUUGCAACCGAUGCCAUCUUGGCCACUCUGAUGUGCUGCACCAGGUCGGUCUACUCAUGGGACAUCAUUGUGCAGCGGGUUGGAUCCAAACUCUUCUUCGAUAAACGUGACCACUCCGAUUUCGACCUCCUGACAGUCAGUGAAACUGCCAAUGAGCCGCCUCAAGAUGAAGGGAAUUCUUUCAAUUCUCCCCGUAAUCUGGCCAUGGAGGCCACUUACAUCAACCACAACUUCUCUCAGCAAUGCCUGAAGAUGGUGAGGAAGGGGACAUCAAACGAUGGUGUAGAGAAGUACAAGUUCCCGAAUCCAAACCCUUUUGUGGAAGACGACGUAGACAAAAACGAGGUGGCUUCAGUGGGAUACAGGUAUCGGAGGUGGAGGCUGGGCGAAGACAUUGAUCUGAUUGUGCGAUGUGAACACGAUGGUGUCAUGACGGGUGCUAACGGCGAGGUCUCUUUCAUCAACAUCAAGACGCUGAAUGAGUGGGACUCACGGUACUGUAAUGGUGUGGACUGGCGUCAGAAGCUGGACUCUCAGAGGGGAGCUGUUCUCGCCACAGAGUUAAAGAAUAACAGCUACAAGCUGGCUCGCUGGACCUGCUGUGCGUUGCUGGCUGGGUCGGAAUAUCUUAAACUCGGGUAUGUGUCCCGAUUCCACAUCAAGGACUCGUCUCGCCAUGUGAUCCUGGGCACCCAGCAGUUCAAACCCAACGAGUUUGCCAGUCAGAUUAACCUGAGCAUGGAGAACGCUUGGGGUAUCCUCCGCUGUGUCAUUGACAUCUGCAUGAAACUGGAUGAAGGGAAAUACCUCAUCCUGAAAGAUCCUAACAAGCAAGUGAUUCGUGUCUAUAGCCUCCCCGAUGGGACCUUCAGCUCCGAAGAGGAUGAUGAGGAAGAGGAUGAGGAUGACGAAGAGGAAGAUGGGGCACAGUGAUGCAAACCUUUGAUAGUCACCACGCUGUGUAGACCAUGCCCUGCCAACACUAGAUUCCAAUUUUACCCAUCAUGCAGCAAGGCAAAGGAUGAAUACAAGUGGUUCAUUGUACACCCACUCAAAACAAACACUUCCUUUGGUGUUUUUAACCAAAACCCUAACUCCUGUUGGUGUAGGUGGUAGUGCUUCUCUGAUACAUCAUCCCAGUGGUCUCUGUAUCUGAGCCUUGUGGAUCAGUCUGAGAACCUGUACGCACUCUCUUUGUACAUGCACUCUCUCGCUCGCUCUCUCUCUCUCUCUCGCUCUCAUGACCCCAGCCCUCCCUCUCUCAUUCACUCACACUCCUGCCUUCACUCUGUGCAUUAUCUCUGUCUUUUGCUUCCCCCUCCAACCCCAAUUCUCCUUGUUGCUGUGUGCUUCUAACUCCAAUUAGUCCAGUCCAGGUCAGUUAUUGGGGCACUUAUUGAGGAUGCCUACUCCCAGGCCUUGGAAUCCUAUGCCCCUUGAAGUUGUGUUUUCUCUAUGAUUAAAUCUCCCACAGCUGCUUCCUCCAGGCCUGUGCUUGGGAACUAGUGGGACACACUGAUGCCUCUGUGACUGAGCUUGUGUAUCGUGGGCUUUAAAUUUGACCCUCGACCCCAGAUGAAUUUUCAUAAACCAAUGAAUAGGAAAAUACAGAAUGUUCUGAACUGGAGUAGGGGAAGCAUGUGUUUAAAAUCCUAUAAAGUAAGUUGGAAACAAAUAUAGGGACGAAUAAUCAGAUCUGUUGGAUAGGGAGUUGUAGAUGCAUCGACAGAUAUGUUGAAAGUUAGAGAUGGGUGUGGGCUCGCAACUCAACUCAACUCUAUGGGGAGAUUUUUUUAUUCUCUUACUCUCCUGCUGUUAGACAUUCCUCUGUUAAUUUAUCCUCAUUCUUGUCCAAGUAACCCCUGCACCAACCCACCUCCCAAAAGGGAAUGAGAUGAGGUAACCGUGUUCCAUCUCAUGGAUUUCUGAUCUCCCACUUGCUCCGAUUACAGUGUACGGAAACUUUGUAAAUCUGAUGCCAGCCUCUUUUGGAACGUGUUCUGGAAGGAGUUCAUUAUGACAGGUUUUGAAGCUGUUGAGGGAGGGAUUGAGUCUGUGUACAAUAAAAAUGACAAAAUAUUG